CUUGAUUUGACAUAACGGAAAAUGCGAGCAAUAUAUAAAGUCAUGUGGCUUUUUAUAUUCACAGCUCUGAUUGUACAAUUGUCUGCAUUGAGCCACAGCAGGCGGCACAUGCUGCGGCACAAGCGUUUGAUGUCACUAUAUGCAGAAGAUAGCGAUGGCCAGGAGAGUUGCAAACGAACCGAGAGCGACUGCAAGCAAAAGUCACCUGUAACCGCGAAGCAGGGAAAGUUUGUGGUGACAAACAUUGCAGCAAAGGCGGCACAGGAGGCAACGAAAGCCAAUGACGAAAUGGCCAGCGCCGUUCGAGUGGCAUCUGAGCGUAUUAAGUUGGAGUAUGCGGAGAAGGCAAGCAUCGCCGCCAAGGCAGCGCUGGCAGCAAUGGCCGCCAAGCAUCAGCUGCUGCAGCAGCUGGAAAUGGAGGUGCGCGAGGCGGAGAUUGUGGUGCAGGAGGAGUCACAUGAGCUAAUCACAGCCGAAUACAACAGUCAGCUGUCAUGUAGAGCAUUGCAACAGGCCAAGGAGGAGCUGAAGCUGCUCAAUGCGGGCCUGAAGCUGGCGCGUGAGAACUUUGAUAGCUCCGAGCAGGUGUCCACUGUCUGUCAGCACUCGAUGAACGACAAGGCGGCGCUGGUGGAGGCGGCUCAGAAUCGCGUGGAAAUGCUGCUGCGACAGCUAAGCGAUGCACGCCAUGAUUACAACAAAACCAAGAGCCAGGCCAACAGAGCAAUGGCGGCGGCAACUGAGGCCAAGCGGCGCACAAGCAAUCGCAACACGACCUGAACAACAUUUCAUUGUGUUUUAUUAAUUUAUAUUUUGAUAGCGUUUACUCUCUCUCUCUCUCUCAAUUAUAAA